UGACUUGUACACUUGCUUUCGUCAACUUCGCCGUUGCUCGGUUGCAUUUGCUCCAGGAUCCCGACUUUGUCCCACCUGAGGCGACAGACAACGUUGCGGAGCGAAACCCCUGUGAAGCACACCGUCCGCACUUGCUCGUCUCUACGUCUUCUGCGCGUGCUUCCCUGCUCACUUUCAAUCCCACUUAGGAUGAUGACUUGCUCUCUGUUCUACGCCGUCCUCAUCGGUGCGGGCGAGAUUAACUUUGGCUCGGUCCAGGGCACAUGGAACUACUUAUCCCGAGUUGAGCAAAAUCAGGGGCAGCGGCUGCGGCAUGGUGGGACUGGAGACGGCAGUGGCGGUGACUCAGAUGAUGAAAUAUGACUUCCAUGCGCUCGCUCGGACUUUAGUCCAACACCCAAAGCGCCACGGCACCACCGUCGCAGUCGGGUUACAUGAUGCGGUAUCUUCGCGAUGUGCAGCGUGUGCGCCGGACCAUCCGACAGGGACGGAUGCAGGUGAUGUGCGUGAAUGCGAGGUACUACAUGACGUAUGAGAAUGCGCGCAUGCUCGGCUGGUGGAGCAACCAGCAGCCAUGUGAACCCGUCUUCGAGCAAGCUACACCCUUCGUAGACGUGAAUCGUUACGUCGUCGGUGCCAGUGUGUCCGUACCGCUCAUCCUUUCAGACGCAAGAGCAGGCGCAACGAUCAUGGCGACAAAGUCGAGCGGAGCAGUGUCCACAUACAUCACGGUCGAGCAUUGCGAACGUGCCGGGCAAUUGCGUGCCAAGCGCUUCAACAAGCCCUUCGUCCCUCCCUGGAGUAUAUGCCCCGCAUGACGGCGUCACGCUGGAAGUUCAGCGCACCGGCCCGAUCAGCACUCUGACCCACAUCGGUCUGUGCGGCGCGAUGCCGUACAACAUGCAGCUCGAAGUCAUUUCUGACGACUGUAUGUUCACACUCAAAGAAGCGUACUCCGAAAGAACCAAGCUGUUGACCCCCGUCAGUUAGGGGCCUCGAACGAGGCGUUGUUCGAGGGCGAUGAGACGUGUCUGCAUAUGCGCCCGCUGCUCGCAUUGGGACGAAGAGUAUAGUUGGCUCGUCACGCAUGCUCGGCGCAUCUGCUGUCUUGCAUCUGCUUUCUUCAGGAUGACACGUUCUUUUCUGAGAUAGAAGCGACCAUAUAACAAGUCGG